GAACGGUCAUCAUGCAUUGGUCUGUUUGCAAUCCAAAGUUUAGUUAGCUAUAGUAAUACGACUGCUUAAGUCAAAGACAGACUGGCAUCAGCCCGUGGUCCAGACAAAUAGCUUUCGCAGACAUACGCUAGCUAAGCGUGCAGUGAACCCCGCGUUCAGGCAAGAACCCAGUGGAGUGUCUUCAGAAGCCAUGGCCGUCGCUGCUGCCCAGAAGAACCGCGAGAUGUUCGCCAUCAAGAAGUCCUACAGCAUCGAGAAUGGCUACCCGUCACGCCGUCGCUCUCUCGUCGACGAUGCUCGCUUCGAAACGCUUGUCGUCAAACAGACCAAGCAAAGCGUCUUGGAGGAGGCUCGUGCCCGCGCCAAUGACUCUGGCUUGGAAUCCGAAUUCAUCCAAGAUGAAGCUCAUAUUGGCAAUGGCGACAAACCUACCGGCGAAGAUGGUACACAUCAAGAUGAUACCAAGAACGGUCACCUUGCUGAUACUGACAACUGUGAUGACAGAGGAACAGAGGAUGAAGACUACACUCUAACCGAAGAAGAGGUAAUCCUGCAAAAUGCAGCGAGCGAGUCUCCCGAAGCUGAGCAGGCAAUCCAGCAAGCCGCUCUGCUGCUGCGCAUGCGCGAUGGCAUGGGCUCUCUCGCUCGCAUCCUCAAGACCAUCGACAACUACAAGGGAUGCGUCCAGCACCUGGAGACCCGCCCCUCGCAGGCCACCGGCGUGCAAUUCGAUGCUCUUGUUAAAGUGAGCAUGUCGCGCAUCAACCUCCUCCAACUUAUUAGAUCUCUCCGCCAAUCCACGGCUUUCGACGGAGUCAACCUCCUCUCCGAAAACAACAUCUCGAGCAAGACUCCUUGGUUCCCGCGUCAUGCUUCAGACCUCGACAACUGCAACCACCUCAUGACUAAAUACGAGCCUGAGCUCGACAUGAACCACCCUGGUUUUGCGGACAAGGACUACAGGGAGCGCAGGAAGCAGAUCGCCGAGAUCGCUUUCGCUUACAAGUACGGAGACCCGAUCCCGUCUAUCACCUACACUGAGUCGGAGAAUGCCACCUGGCAGCGAGUGUUCAACACCGUGCUGGACCUGAUGCCGAAGCACGCUUGCAAGGAGUAUAAGGCCGCAUUCGGCAAGCUGCAGGCGGCAGAUAUCUUCGUGCCGCACCGUAUCCCUCAGCUCGAGGAUGUGAGCAACUUCCUGCGCCAGCACACUGGCUUCACCCUGCGCCCGGCCGCGGGAUUGCUGACGGCGCGCGAUUUCCUCGCUUCCCUGGCCUUCCGCGUCUUCCAGUCCACACAAUAUGUGCGCCACGCCAACUCUCCCUUCCACACCCCUGAACCGGACUGCAUCCAUGAGCUGCUCGGACACAUCCCGCUCCUAGCCGACCCCAGCUUUGCUCAAUUCUCCCAGGAAAUCGGUCUCGCUUCUCUUGGUGCUUCUGAUUCAGAAAUCGAAAAGCUCUCCACUGUAUACUGGUUCACGGUUGAGUUCGGCCUGUGCAAGGAGAACCAGCAGCUGAAGGCCUACGGAGCCGCUCUGCUGUCCUCCAUUGGCGAGUUGCUCCAUGCCCUGAGUGACAAGCCAGAGCUGAGACCCUUCGAGCCUGCUUCCACCUCAGUGCAACCCUACCAAGACCAGGAAUAUCAGCCUAUCUACUACGUCGCUGAGAGCUUCGAAGAUGCCAAAGAAAAGUUCAGACGCUGGGUGUCGACCAUGUCGCGACCCUUCGAGGUGCGCUUCAACCCACACACGGAGCGAGUGGAGGUGCUUGAUUCGGUGGACAAGCUGGAGACCCUCAUCUGGCAGCUGAACACCGAGAUGCUGCACCUGACCAAUGCCGUCAAGAAGCUCAAGGGCUCUCAGUUCGAGUGAAUACCCUUCCCCGUAGUUCACGCCUAUGGUCCAGUGCACGCGGCCUCGCUGCAUUCUGUAUAGCUAGUGAUAUUAUAGACGUAAGAUUGUUGUCGCCGUGUGUGGAGUGUGAGUGCGAGAGUGAGAACCAUCGGAUGGUACUUCGUUGAAUUCCUUUUUGUACCUUAUUGUAUUAUUUAUUAUGCCGAGCUCAUUGCCCGGGCCUCGGAAAGUGCACGGAGCUCCCGAUUGCCCAUUUAAGGAGGCUGUGCGCGUUUCGCGAGUCCUAUUAUUAUUAGUAUUAAUUUAUAAUUAAAGAAAUACACAAAGAAAAAUGGAGCACCAAAAAGAUAUAAAAAUCAAACAGAAAAUAUACGUGUUUGAGUGGAAA